GUCCGCUGCCCUGCGUCAUGACGUCCGCUAACAAGUCUGUGACGUAUUCUGUAAUGGCGGUCCCCUGGUUACAAUGGGGUCUGUUGUUGCUGACUUGUUAGCCGAUUUAUCGUGAAGAACUGCGGAAUAUUCCUCCAGCCGGCUGUUGUUGUUGUUUUUUGGGGUGCUUUAGUCCGACGGCUACAUGUUAAAGCAGUCCAGUGCAGCGGGUCCAUCAACCGUCGCCUCUCCUCAGCCAAUGAAGGAAUCCAAGGAGAACUUGUCAAUGUCCGGCCAAGGAAUUCUGGACCACAUCAAGCCAUGUUGGUACUGGGACAAGAAGGAUUUAGCCCACACCCCCUCUCAGUCUGAAGGCCUGGACCCUGGCACAGAGGCCCGCUAUCGGAGAGAAGGAGCGCGCUUCAUUUUUGAUGUUGGAACCAGACUUGGCCUACAUUAUGACACGCUGGCAACUGGCAUCAUAUAUUUCCACCGUUUCUACAUGUUUCACUCCUUCAAGCAGUUCCCCAGAUAUGUGACAGGUGCUUGCUGCCUUUUUCUGGCAGGGAAAGUGGAAGAAACCCCAAAGAAGUGUAAAGACAUCAUCAAAACAGCCCGCAGCUUGCUGAACGAUGUGCAGUUUGCCCAGUUUGGAGAUGAUCCGAAGGUGCAGUUGGAAGAGGUGAUGGUGUUGGAGAGAAUUUUGCUCCAGACUAUCAAAUUUGACCUGCAGGUGGAGCACCCAUACAUGUUCUUGCUGCGCUACGUCAAGCAGCUCAAAGGUGAGAAGAAUAAAGUGUGCAAGGUGCUGCAGAUGGCAUGGACCUUUGUCAAUGACAGCCUGUGCACCAUGCUGUCCCUGCAGUGGGAACCAGAGAUCAUUGCGGUAGCCGUCAUGUACCUGGCCGGCCGCCUCUGUAAGUUUGACAUCCAGGAGUGGACCGCCAAGCAGUCGUCACGCCGAUGGUGGGAGCAGUUUGUCCAGGACGUCCCAGUUGAGCUGCUUGAAGACAUCUGCCACCAGAUCCUGGAUUUGUACUCCCAGGGAAACAAGCCCAUCCCUCAGCAGAUACAGGAAAAGGAGCGUGCACCUGUUCCUCCGGUCCCUGCUCCUCCAAUCCCACAGGGACAACCACCAACCACCAAUCCUCCUCCCCCACCGCCAAAGAAGACUUCCCCUCAGGGAGGUAGCCCUGCACGCCAGCUCAAACGCUCACAUACAUCCCCAAAAGAUGAACCAAAGGCUCCAGAACAAGUUGGAUCCAAAAUUCCUAGACUGGAGAGCCCCAUGCCCCCUCUGCCUACAACGCAGCCUCCCCCAGACCGCAAAGCCCCGGCUCCAGCCCCUCCCACGGAAGCCGAACCAGGAAGCGAAGCAGUUCCUCCUCCCCCGCACGCUCCACCCCCACAUCAGCCCCCUCCCCUGCCCCAUCGCCCUCCUCCACCUCCACCUUCCAACUACAUCAUGUCUACCACCAGCUCCUACAUGUCCGGCGAAGGUUUCCAGAGCCUGCAGUCGAUGAUGAAGACAGAAGGUCCCUCCUACGCCCCUAUGCCGCCCAGCUACGCACCCCCAAUGCCGCCAUAUCACCCCCACGUCUAUCCGUCUGCAGCACCACCUCCAGGCCCUCCGCCUCCUCCUUCUUCCUACCCGCCACCCAACUUGCCACCAACGUAUCCGCCACCGGGCUAUAACAGCUAUCCUCCUCCGCCCCCUCCACGCAUGCCACCAGGCCACGUACCCCCUCCAGGUUUAGGUCUUCCACCUGCUGGGUACCCUCCUCCACCCCCUGUGCCCCCAGGACAGUCACAGGUCCCACUGCCCCCUCCACCUGGCAUGCCCCUGAACCGUGGUGGGUGGAUGAGAUGAAAGCGUGACAGCAGUCUAUGAACUGAAUCUGUGUAGAGCCACAUCUGGGAGGUGGAAAGCUCUCUGGAGAGGGAGGACAACCGGGAACUUGUUCUGGUACAAACCGAGGCAGAGCGUUCAUUGAUGAGGUUCUUAAUGAAGGCUGAACAACAAAUAGACUUGAAAGGUAAAGUGAGGUCUGGACAGUUUUGUUAUGAGAACCUGAACUGGCACUAAAAAUGACUGCAGUCAUAAUAUUAACUUUAAAAAUAAAAUAAAUGAUAGACAUGUACAUGAUGGUACUUAAAGGACCAGUGUGUGAGAUUUGGGGAUUAUUGUAACAAUCAAAUAAAAUAUAAAUAACUAGUUUUCAUUGGUGUGUAAUCACCUGAAAAUAUGAAUUUUUAUGUUUUAUUACAUUAGAACGAGCCUUUUAUAUCUACAGACACCACUGGUCCUCACCCACAGAGUCCACCAUGUUGAAGCGUCAUGUUUUUUCAGUAGUUAGGCCGUUUGAUGGCCACAGUAGUUUCUCUGUCACACUUGGGGUUGUAGAGCGAGUAGAGGGGGUUGCAAUCUGCAAUCGCACCGCUAGAUGCCACUACACACUGGUCCUUUUUAAUGUGCCUAGUUCCAGGAUCUGACAACAAACACAGUGCACUCAUUGUUUUUGUUCUGGAAAUGUAGUUUUGUUUUUUUUCACACAUGCUCAUUCACUAAUUGUAGGUGGAUGAAAUGUACCAUUUUUACUAAACCUUUAAGUGGAUAAAAGGUCUUCUAUUUCCUUCUGUAUUCUUUCACCCUGAUUAUGUGU